AGGGAAGUAAGUUUAUCAGAGUUUCUUCCUAAACCUGCCUUAGAAACCACAGCAUAUUUUAACCAGAGAUUUACGUUGAUAUGAGGACAGACUCAUCAGACAUGACUGAUGUGGAAUCUGUGAUCAACAACUUCGCAUCUUCAGCCAGGACAGGCCGCCGGAACGCCUUACCUGACAUUCAGAGUUCAUCUGUUACAGGUGGAACCUCUGAUUUGCCACUCAAACUGGAGGCACUCUCUGUGAAGGAAGAUGUGAAAAAGAAAGAUGAAGAAACAACCAAAGACCAACUGGAAAGUCCCAAAAAUGAAGAAAAAUGA